AUGAAUAGAGGCUAUAUUAAGACCGUUUUUUUUGUUUUAAGCUUGGUCGUAUGUGCCAUCAAUAACACACUUGCAAGCCAACCUGCUCUAAAGGCUGCUAAUAAAGCCAAAAUCACUGAACAAAGAAAGACUGCCGCGGAUGCAAAACGUGAGGAAUAUAAACGCAAGUUAUGUAAAGACCCUGAAGAAACUCAACUUGCAAUGAACUAUGCAAACGAAAAUGCGGCACUUUUACUAAAAGUUGCUGAGAGUAUGGAUGGUUUCACGUUCGAGCAUAAAUACGGUCAAUAUUGUGAAACAGAUUCCAAGAAAUUAGAACGUGUGGACGUUGACAGAUUUCAUGCGACGAUUAAAGGCCAUUAUAUGUACUCUUCCACAAUAAAUAAGAUAUGGGAUUACGCUGAUUUCCAAAAAUUGGAUUUCAAAUUUAUUCAUGGAAAUCCUGUUCGUAUAUACAACUCAGAUCUAGUUUUGUUUGAAAAAUAUGUACAAGAUGAAAUAUCAUCAAUCAAAAAAAAAAAAUAUGCUUUAGGCGCAAAAGUUCAAGUAUCAGAUGACAUAACUGUAAUUCUUUGUCCUACAAGAGUUAUAAGAUAUGAAUUGGAUAUCCAUGGAAAUAUUAAUACGAAAGAAAUGUUAGAAAAUUCAAAAUCAAUCUAUCAUGAUGACAUGGAUCCUGAUGAAGCAUUAUCGAAGUUGAAUUCUACCUUGUCCGGGCUUAUUAUUAAAAAAGGCAACAAUGAUCUAAUUAAUAUUACUUAUGUCAACGUUUAUUUGAAUUAUGAUCAUAAUAUCGAUUUUUAUAGCGAUCGAAAACAUGGAAAUACUAUACAUAGGAGUAUUAUGCAGAUAGCAUACUGGGGAGGAGAGAAUAAAUCACAAUAUUCCCCAGGUAAAUUUCUUUCAUUAUAUUAA